UUUUGCUUCCGGGCAAUCGUUCAUCCAUACGUUUUGACCUGUGAGUAGUUUGUAAAUGUCCAGCGAAAUAUUAUAACCUCAUUAGGUACUGGCUAUUUCACCACCGCUCGUAACUUGCUGACUUUUCACAAGGACUUCCGUCACUCAACUUUGCUCAUAGCGUUAUUGUUUCUUUGUCCAGUCUUGCUAAAUAGACCCACCUGUCAUCGUAGCUGCAUAGUUAGCUUCUAGCAGGUAACCAGAGUACCGCAGGUGGACGAGAGCAGGGACGGGAAUCACCGAUGGCAUCUCGGCAACCCUUUACAGACACGGACACAGCCGAUGAAGCAGUGAGGGCGACGUGUGACGAUGCAACCACAUGCAAACGGUUUGCUACCAGUAAAGGCUACUGGAACGACCCGUAUAUCCAAUACUUUGCCAGAUCUGUAGGAGAGCGGAAGGCCCCUGAAAUCAACAGAGGUUAUUACGCCCGUGUUCAAGGAGUGAACCUUCUUCUUGAUGCGUUUAUAAGGAAAACGCAGUGCGACUGUCAAGUAAUCAACCUGGGUGCCGGACUGGACACUACAUUUUGGAGACUAAAGGAUGAAAACCUCAUGCCACGGAAGUUCUUUGAAGUUGACUUUCCAACUGUUGCGGCAAGGAAAAUACACAAUAUAAAGACAAAACCACCUCUGUCCAAACCCAUCAUUGAAACCCACUCAACGGACUCCUUACUGCUGGAUGCCCACAGCCUCGAAUCAGAUCGUUACUGUAUCAUUGGGGCGGACCUCAGAGACAUCUCCAGUUUGGAUGAAAAACUGAAAAAAUUUCACCUUAACCCAGAGUUACCGACAUUGCUCCUGUCAGAGUGUGUGCUGGUCUACAUGACAUCAUCCCAGUCGUGCAACCUUGUUCACUGGGCAGCAGAAACCUUUCACACUGCCAUGUUCAUCAAUUACGAACAGGUGAACAUGAGUGAUCGAUUUGGUCAAGUGAUGGUCGAGAACCUGCAACGUCGCCAGUGCACCCUGGCGGGAGUAGAGGCCUGUCAGUCUCUGGACUCUCAGAAGGAUCGGUUUCUGAAAACUGGCUGGGAGCACGUUGACGCUCUAGAUAUGAUGACAGUCUACAGUAUGCUCCCGCAGGAUGAUGUCACAAGAAUUGAGCGCCUGGAGUUCUUGGACGAGAAGGAACUGUUGCAACAACUUCUUCAGCACUACUGUAUCUGCUGGGCCACCAAGGAUAAACUCAAUCUGGGUCUGUCUCAGUUGGCAUUUUGAGCAUAAAACUGCACCACUUUUCACAUGUGUUCACCAAAAUAAACAGCUGGGGAAGACGUGUGAAAGGAGAUGUAAGGAAAGAGGAAGCCGUUAUUCUCCGUUAAGCCCAUCAUCUGGGAGUUGGUCCGGCGUAAAAAAGCCCAGCAUCAGCAAAAUGCUGUUUUACAAGCGUCCUUUGUAUCCCUGUAUGUGUUGAAGAUAAGACAUAAUUAGGCUGAGAAUUGUGAAAAGGUGCCGGCGCUGAAAUCCCAUCCAGAAAAAUGUGCUGGAAAAAAAAAUCUGCUCUUGUGUAGUGGAGAUGAAACAAUGUAUGAAGAAUCUCAGAUGUUAUAUAUUUGUGCUUGUCUGAUUUUUCUUCUUUUUUUUUUUCAUGUGCCAUUUCAAUUUAAUUUAUUGAUCGGACGCAGUUUCUUACAUGCAUGCGAUAACUAGUGUUUAAAAAGAAUUAAAAAGAAUGCAUUACAUAAAAAUGCUCGUUAAUUUACAUUUGCCUGCAAAGUAUUUUCAGUUGUUGACCCUAGCAAAGAGAAAUCGGCAGAUUCGUUUGUAACAGAUUAUAUUUGAUGAAUGCUGAUCAAAUGCAGAUAAUUAAAA